AUGUACACUCUGAACGCCUCAUUUACUGAGCGGGCGUGUCGUUUUGUAUCCUAUUUGCAUAUUGCUCUGCACAACAGAGAUUUUCAGAUGUCCGAAUUUGAGGGGACAGUGGUCAUCAAUGGUAACGUCGUCAAUGUAGCCCAAAAGCUGGCGUUGUUGAAGAAGAGCGAACAAGAACGCGACCAGGCCAAAAGUUUGGUGGCCGAACACACUGCACUCAUUGAACAACUUCGCGGGACGAAGCACGACCUCGAGAAGAAAAUCAGAGAUCUGGAAAGGGACCUUGAAAAGAACCGGAAGCGCUUGGACGAGAGCAACAGUGCCCUCAAGUCCUCCUUGGAUUCGAAUAUUUCGCUCAAGAACGGAUUAUCCGAUUGUAAGAGAUAUGCUGAUCGUAUUUUAUCAGCUGUGGAAAGAGCCUGCCCACCACCACCUCCUCCACCAAAGCGUGUCGAGGAACCCAAGGUAGAAGAGCCCGUUGCUGAGGCCGUAGAUGAUGCCGAUGAGCCAAUCCCUGCAGAAAUCGUUCUCACCGAGGAGGUUGGAGCAGAGGAAGACACCGAAGAAAAGGCUGCGGCAUAG